AUGAACAAAACAAAAUUUGAUCUUCACUCCUAACAGAACUUGCCCACGCAGCAUCCGACUCCGAAUGGCAGAGAACGGACUACGAGGACAAGGGGGCGGAGCUCUCCUUCCAAGGAGCCGAAUUGCAGAGGCAACCAUUGAAGAUGGACCAGGAGGGGAGGACGGACGGCGGUGCGACUUCUGCCGCCAAUCUUAUGGUGCCCACGGAACUAACAACACCAGACUGCAUCGGAGCAUGCUAUGGCGACAAAGUGGAUACCUUUGACCGUAACUGCCGCAGAGGUGACACCUCUCCCCAGACCAACAAUUCUGGCCCACACAAGCAGCAGACGCACCGACGACCGAAGAAGCACCCGUGCCGCUUCUGUCCUUACUCAUGCCUUUCCGCAGCGGCUGUCGCCAUCCACGAGAGGACUCACACUGGCGAGAGGCCCUUCAGUUGCGAUGCCUGCGAGAAAACAUUCACGCAGAAGCCUCACUUGAUAUCUCACGUUAAAAUUCAUACCGGAGAGAAGCCGUUCAGGUGCAACACGUGCAGCAGGGCGUUUAGUCGUAAAUGCAUCUUGGCAAAUCACGAAAGAAUUCAUACAGGAGAGAAGCCGUUCAGGUGCAAUACGUGCAGCAGGGCGUUUACUCGGAAGUACAAAUUGGCGAAUCAUGAGAGGACUCACACCGGAGAGAAGCCGUUCAAGUGCGAGACCUGUGGUAGAGCUUUUGCGGCUGAUACCUAUUUACAAAGUCAUCGGAAGAUACAUCGCAAGUGAUCAAAACCCUCACAUGCAUCAUAGUUGUGAAAGGGGUUUAAACGAAAUACUCGAGCACCGACGUGUGUUCAUUUGGCAGGGGUUCUACUUGCGAGCAAAGUGUGUUUUGCAUGGUUCAAAAUGUUUCAGCCUGUUAUUUAUCGCGUAAACACAGAUAAAAAAAAUGUGAAUUUACCUUAGACAAAGCGACCAGAGUUCUUUUUUGUACACGAAAAAAAGAAAAUACUCGAAGCCUAAUCUUUUUUUUAUUCAUUUAGAGUCAUUAAUCACGUGAUGCACCUGGACCUCUAGGUUGUCUCUGGGGUCACUUACGUUCCUUAGAGGUCGGCCUACUCAUAACCAUAAAUAUACAAACUUAUAAAAUAACUAAGGUCUUUCAAUAGCAGCAAUCUUGAAUAUUGCAAAUGUUAAGAAAGUACAAGAAAAACCGAGUACUAAUGCGGAGGGGUCAACAUAAUUUUAGGAUGUAAAAAUAAAGCUAUAAGAAACUUUUUAACACACCAAGCUGGGAACUAAUGCUUUACUCAUUGGGCUGCAAGAGUAUAUACAUGACUCGAAGAUUUAGAAAUGCAGCGUAAUUUUAUAUCUCAUUUCGUAAUAUUCUUGGUCCUUUUUCUUUUUGACCGGUUUGAGUAUCUGAAUCUUGAUGACAUCAUUCAAUGUACUACUUGCUGCAUGAAUUACUUGUAUGUAAGUUUUCCUUUUGCAUGAUUUUAUUAUUUUUUUGCACAUUCACAAAGACGGUCCUGAUCAUUUAGGAUAUUCAUACUUUUAGUGCUAUUCACUUUGUUUCACUUUAGGCACGAGCGCAGA